CUUUUAAUAACUAGAAAAAGAAAUGAUGGACCGACUGAGCAAAACAAAUCAAUAAUCCAUUAAUUCCAUUUAAUUUCUUCGAAUUUCUUCAAAAUUAAUAAAUGGCGAAAAACGGCACCGCCACCGCCACCGGCAGCGGAGUAGGAAGCGUAGGAGCAGAAGGAGAGACAGUUCCACGGCUAUCGUCAAGUUCAAGGCUGAGAAGAGCAGGACCCGACCCGUUUCUAGUAGUGUGUAGAUGUUUCAGCGUUAUAACAGCUUUAACGGCUGUUCUUUGUAUCGUCGUUAAUGUUCUUUCUGCUGCCAGGUCUUUCAAACACGGAUCCGAUGUAUUUGAUGGAGUGUUUAGGUGUUAUGCGGUUGUGAUUGCGUGCUUUGUGGUUGUUGCCGAGACUGAGUGGGGUUUUAUGAUCAAGUACUUGCCAGUUUUGGAGUAUUGGGCUGGUAGGGGCAUGCUGCAGAUCUUCGUUGGAGUCAUGACGAGAGCUUUCCCUGAGUAUUCACCAAAGCAGAAGAAUCUUUUUAUACUACAAAAUGUAGCAAGCUAUAUGCUGCUUGCUUGUGGCUUUGUUUAUCUUGUCUUGGGAGUUCUAUGCAUUGGAUUUCUCAAACGUGCACGACAACAGAAAGAAAUUUCAAGAGAGCAAGCAAUAAAGGAUCUAGAGCAAUUGGAGCAGCGAAGGGAGGAGCUUGAACAAUUGCUUAUAGUAGAAAGAGUUUGAAGCCAUUUCCGCAAGUUCUCCUUUUCACAUAAAUGGUCUUCUUGAUUUCUUGAGUUUAAUGAGCUCCGACAGAUCAGACCGCUAUUCCUUUCCUAGAGUUAAGGAGCUAAGCCAUAUCGCGAUUCCUGAAGUGGCAUUAAUGAAUCCUAGCCGCGUUUGUCUCAUGCCAGUAAGCUUUUACUGUCUCGUUGAUUGCUUCUGUUAUUUUCUAUUUGUUGAGAGCUUCCAUUAGAUAAAAUUAGUUUGUGCAGUAAGUCAUGCAUUUUUUUUAUAUAUUUGGAAACCAAGCUACUGGCUUUUGUUAUUGAUAUGUUUCAUGAAGUGCAUUGAAUAAUCAAGUGCGGAUUGCAUUUGAUGUUUCUAUUAGAUUGAUGCUUACACAUCUAUUCAAAUUUGGUAUUGUACUAUUGUCCUACGAAAUGUAUUGAAUGGUUGACGCAAUGAAUAAUGAAAAUAAUUUGAGAA